AGAGAAAUGGCAGCAUCAGAUGGUGAGCACAAUGUACCAAAAUUCUUUGCCAAAUAUGGUUUCAAGUGUGUGUAUUUCCCCUUGAUCCUUCUACUUCUUUUCUCAAAGCCUGCGGUUUCUUUCUCAAUUAUCAAGUCUCUGCCUGGAUUUUCUGGUUCUCUGCCCUUCAAACUUGAAACCGGAUACAUUGGCGUGGAUAAGAAGGACGAAGUGCAAUUCUUCUACUACUUUAUCGAAUCUGAAGGAAAUCCUAGACACGAUCCCCUUGUGCUCUGGCUCACUGGUGGCCCAGGAUGCUCUGCUCUCUCUGGACUUGCCUUUCAGAUAGGUCCUUUACAGUUUAGCAUGGUCGAGUACAAUGGAAGCCUACCUUCUCUAACAUUGAAUCCAUAUUCAUGGACUAAGGUUGCUAGCAUAAUAUUUUUAGACUCACCGGCUGGCACUGGAUUCUCAUAUUCAAGGACCUCGCGAGGGUCCAGGACAGCAGAUACGAAAUUUGCUUAUCAGGGUUAUGAUUUUGUUAGAAAGUGGUUGCUCAGUCAUCCUAAUUUCAUUGCUAAUCCCCUAUAUAUCGCCGGUGAUUCAUAUUCCGGCAAGAUCGUUCCAAUCAUUGUUCAACAAAUGUCAGCUGGCAUUGAAGCUGGGGACUCGCCACUUCUCAAUCUCAAAGGUUAUUUGAUUGGUAAUCCGGGAACAGAUCCAAAAUUUGAUGACAAUUCAAAAGUUCCAUUUGCUCAUCGCAUGGCAAUCAUUCCAGAUGAGCUUUACAAGAAGGCUAAAAGGAGCUGCAAAGGUGAGUACAGAGUAGUAGACUCAAGAAACAUACAGUGCGCAAAUGAUCUUCGAGCUAUCGCAAAGUGCACUAAAAGGAUAAACAGACCUCACAUCUUGGAGCCCAAGUGUUAUACUGACUUUCGCCCUUUAAAUAAGAUGGAUGAAAAUCGAAGAUAUCUUAUGGAAAGAUUUGGAGAAUCCUAUAUGUCACUUCCUAAAUAUCCCAGAUUUGGGUGUAGAAACUACAAUAAAUUUCUCUGCCACAUAUGGGCAAAUGACAUCAGGGUGCAGAAAGCACUUCAUAUCAGAAAGGGAACAGUAAAGGUAUGGAUAAGAUGUAAAAUAGACUUACCUUACAAGAAAGAUGUUGAGAGUGCUGUAAGCUUUCAUUAUUAUCUCAACAUCAAGGGGUAUCGAGCUCUAAUAUAUAGUGGGGAUCAUGACUUUGAAAUUCCAUACUUGGGGACGCAACUGUGGAUCAAAUCGCUAAAUUUGUCCGUUGUAGACGAGUGGCGGCCAUGGCUGGUAGAUCUUCAAGUUGCAGGAUUCACAAGGGGAUAUUCAAACGACCUCACAUUUGCAACUGUAAAGGGAGGGGGUCACACAGCUCCGGAGUACAUGCCUAAGGAAUGCUAUGCCAUGUUCAGAAGGUGGAUAUUUCAAGAACCACUGUAAUCAAUCGCUCUGUUUUGUUAACAUUUUCAGAUAGCAUAAAAUGCUGUACUAGUUUCUAAUAAAUGACGCACUCGGCCUUGAUGUGCUUGUUUAACUUUUUAA